AUGUCUUUCAAGGCAAGAAGUGGCUUUGAGUUUACGUUGUUAAACUACAAUAACCUGUCGACUAAAGUUUAUAGUCCUCCUUUCGCUACCUCGUUCGAUACUUUUUGGCAACUCAAGUUCAAGCCGACGUCGAAAGAAAAUCCGGAAUAUUGUUCUGUGUACUUGGUGGCCAUACCCAGUUAUGAAGAAGGUAGUACUACGUCUACGUGGACGAAUCGUUCCACUUAUUCUGUCGACAUUUACAUCAAACAUCCAGAAACCUUGGCGGAAAUGAAGAAGGCUAAUUUGGAUACGACAAAAUUUUCCGCUAUCAAGCCAUUGAGAGGUUGGAAUAAGUUUUGCAAAAAACACUUGCUCCCAUCUGACCAAAUAAUACUUGGCAUAGAAUUUGACAAAACGGAAUUUGGAACGCCCGAUGAAAAGCCAAGGUUUCCUGGUAAUGGCAAACCAUUUCCGGAUGAUUUGGUAAUCGCUUGGGCCGACCAGUUGAAUAAACCCGAACACGCGGAUGUCGAAUUUCGAGUUCAAGGUCAAUCCAUCUAUGCAAAUACCGCGAUACUUACCCGAAGAUCCGAAUAUUUUCAGAGAAUGUUCGAGGGGAGAUGGAUGGAAUCGAUUACUUGUAAUCAAGGUGACGAAGACCAACAACAAUUAUUGCAACAUCGGCAAGUUCCGACCUCCGAGGAUGAUGAGGAUACUGACGUAGAUAAUUCGAGUGACUCCAAUCCAUCUCAUAAACGAAAAAGGGUCUCAGACAAUGGGAGUGAUUCAUCUCACAAACGAAGGAGAGUCUCGGAUAGCGAAAGUGAAGAAGAAGAAGAUGAUGAUCCCGUUCAAUCUUCUUCUUCAUCCAUAAGGAAAUCCGGGCGGAUUAUCAUUGAUGUCAUCGAUUUUCAUCCAGAUACCUUUCUCGAAAUGUUGCGUUUCUUAUACACCAAUCGAGUGGCUUUUGGUCCAAGGGAAUCACCAACCUCGGCCGUGAACAUGUUCAAGAUUGCGGAUAAGUACCUGAUCGAGAAUUUGCAACAAAAUGCAAAAGUUAAACUUUGUCGAGGGGUGAACAUAAACAAUGCCGCCGAAUUCUUGUUCACCACAGCUUGGCAAUAUGACGAGCUACGGGAUCACGUGAUGAAUUACGUAGUGCAAAAUUUCAAGAACGUGUGCAAAACUUCCGGAUUCAAAAAUAUCACUUCUAACUCGAUCAACUAUCCGCAAUUUCAUGAGUUACUCACGGAGAUUCUGCACAAGGUCUUCGCCGAUGGUGACUCGGAUUACAGCGAUUGUUAA